AUGAAGAAUUAUAACAAUUAUUUUGAUGACCAAACAAAUAAUAGUAUAAAUAAUAACAUUGUUUCAACAAAUACAGUUGUAUCAAGUUUAUUUACAAGUGUAUAUACACAAAAUAAUUUAAUAAAAAAAGAUUUAACAAAUCAAAGUGUUAAUAUCGAUUAUAUACCAAAUAAUAAUAUUACCAAUAAUGAUAAUAGUAUGAAAAAUAAUAAAAAUAAAGAAUUAACUGGUGACAAUGAAGAGAUAAUAGAUGAGCAGGAUAGUAAAAAUAAUUGUGGCAAUAAUAAUAAUAGAAAUAAUGGCAGGAAUGAUAAUAAUGGUAAUAAUAAAGAUGAUAUUGAUCAAAAUAACUAUAGUUUUUUUGAUUUAAAAACCGAGUUUAGUUUUAUAAGAAAUAAUUUAAACACCUUAGAAACAGAAAUUUCAAGAAACCAAAACCAAACAUUCAUUAAACUAAAUGAAAAUAAUGAAAAACAAUUACUGGAUGAAUUGUUUGAGUACAAAAAAGAAAAUAAAACUAUCAAAGAAAAUUUAAAUUAUAAUAAUAAAAGAUUACUAUUGCAAGAAAAGUAUUUAGAAGAAUAUAAAUCAAGCUUUAAAAGGGUACAAGAGGAAAUCAUUCAGAUCCAAGAAACUUUAUAUAAUUAUAAAGGGCUAUAUAGUAAAUGUUCAAAUAUUCAAGAGGUUUUAGAAAAAAAUAGAAUUUAUGAAAAUAAAAUUAUUAAAGAUUUAAGAAAAGAAAAUAUAGAGCUUAAAGGUGAAAUUGAUAAUUUGGGUAAACAAAUAAAAGAUUUAGUUGAGCAAAACAAACAGCAAUUAGUUUUAUUACAAGAAAAAGAACAACAGAUUAAAACUAUGGAUCAAUCUUUAGACCAUUAUAUGAAUCUAUCAACGUUAUCAACAAAUCGUUCAAAUGAAGUAAUAAACCAAUUAGAAGAGCAAAUAAAAAAACAAGUAGAUUUUUAUAACGAUAAAAACAAAGUUUAA